AUGGCUUAUUGUUGUGCAUGUUACAUAACGGCUGUUUCUAUCUGGUUAACACUGCAACAAGAGAAUCCAAGAAACUUGCAGAGAUACCAGAUGUCGGAAAAGGGUAUUAUUCCAGCUGCGUUGGUUUUGGUUUUGAUCACUCCUCAGAAAGGGGUACUUCUGAAUGGAGCCCUUCAUUGGUUGUUGAUGGAUAGAGUUGGCGUUGAACAUCGGUCGUCGGUGAUUAUAUCUUUCAAUUUAGCAGAGGAGAAUGUCCGAGAAAUUCCACUACCUCUUGCUUCUAUUGAUACGAGAAAUUAUAUUGUCGGGGCCUUCAGAGAUUGCUUAUGUUUAAUACAUAGUGGUGUUGAUGGAGGAAUGCACAAUGAGUUUUGGAUCAUGAAAGAAUAUGGCAUGAGGGAGUCUUGGACUAAAAUAAGGAGCCCCAUCCCAUAUUCUGUAGUACGACACUCUGGUUUCUGGAAGAAAAGUCAUGAUCUCUUGGUGUUCAGGGACCGAUUGCUUUUGUGCAAUUCUAAUGGUCCAAGAUUUCGGAAUUUUUCAAUCUCCGGAUUACCUGACCUGAAGUUAAAGAAGUUGGGAUUUACUUGGAGAGCCUUGUUUCCCUGA